UCUUCUAGUUCUCUUAUGACUUGUUUUUCUUUCACGCUCCUUUCACCUGAACAAUUUGAUUUAAAUGUCAAGUCAAAACACUGUCAAUGUUGAUCGAAUAUGUAAUAUGAUCAGUGUGAUUUCCUAUAAAUUGAAAAUUUUUAAUCGUUAAAUAACUUCCCCUUUCUGUUUGCAAAAUUUUAAGGCUAAAAUCAUAGAGCAGGAGGUCGUUCUUAUUCUAGAGUUUAAAAUUUUAAUUUCCUCUCAGCAGAAAUGGACAGAAAGUUUAAAAGAAGAAUUGAAAGGAAGGGGUAUUCUGAUACGAGCGCUAGAUCCGAUCAUGGAAAGGACUCACUUGCUAACGAGGAAGUAACAACAAAAAGUGGAAUUGUUGUCGCAGCUAUUGACUUUGGAACAACCAACUCUAGUUACGUUUUCGUUUAAGCAUGAUUUCCUUACAAAUCCUCUGAAAAUUCAUGUUGCUCAAGGCCAAAUGAAUGCGAAGCAGCCAACAUGCUUAUUGUUGACACCAGAAAAGGCUUUCCACUCGUUUGGCUAUGAGGCAAAGUCAAAAUAUUUGGCACUAUCUAACGAAGACAAGCACGGAAAUUGGUUUUUCUUCUGGGAAUUCAAAAUGACUCUUCACCAACAUAAGGAAAUUCAAGGUAACUAUGAGCUGACUGCAGAAAAUGGGCAGAAAAUGGACGCACUGACAGUUUUCAGUUUAUCAAUAGAGUAUCUGAAGAACCACUUACUGGGAAUGCUAAAUUGUAGCUCUUUGGGAGUAGAGGAGCAUGAUAUCACGUGGGUCAUUACCGUUCCUGCCAUUUGGAACGAUUCUGCAAAAAAGUUUAUGCGAAAAGCUGCUGAGAAGGCUAGGAUUGCGAAGAGUAGUAUUGAGAUAGCUCUAGAACCGGAAGCUGCGUCGAUCUACUGUCGUCAACUUCCGAUAACACGUGACCCCCAAACAGAAACAGGCAUGACAAAGUUUCCAGCUGGAACACGCUAUCUUAUUCUGGUCUGUGGAGGUGGUACAGUUGAUUAGACAGUACACGAAGUACUUGAAGGCAACAGUUUGAAGGAACUUCACAGUGCAACUGGUGGAAAUUGGGGAGGAACAGCUGUUAACAAAGCCUUUGUUAGCUUUGUUUCCAAUCUUGUAGGACCUGAAGUUUUCGAAGAAUUUUCCAGUACCCACAAGGCUGACUAUAUGGAAAUGCUCGACGAAUUUGAGAACAAGAAAAAAAUGACCAAACCUGAUUCUUUGGAAACUGUCACGAUAAGGAUGCCAAUCCAGUUACAGGAUAUGUU